AUGGCUACGAUUCAAGAUAUAGGUGUUUCUGCAGCUAUCAACAUACUGAGUGCCGUCAUAUUCCUGCUAGCAUUUGCUUUCCUACGGCUACAACCCAUCAAUGACAGGGUUUACUUCCCGAAGUGGUAUCUGAAAGGUUCAAGACAAAGCCCAAGCCAUGGGGGUGCAUUUGUACGGAAGUUUGUAAAUUUGGACAUGCGGUCAUACUUGAAGUUCUUAAGUUGGAUGCCUGCUGCUCUCCAAAUGCCAGAGGAUGAGUUGAUUAGCCAUGCAGGGCUUGAUUCAGCUGUCUAUCUGCGGAUCUACUUGACAGGGCUUAAAAUAUUUGUUCCAAUCACAAUUCUAGCAUUUCUUGUUCUUGUUCCUGUUAAUUGGACAAAUGAUACCCUUGAGGGCUUGAAGGUAGAGCACAGUGAUAUCGACAAACUUUCGAUAUCCAACAUACCUUUUGGGUCGAAGAGGUUCAUAGCUCACUUGACUAUGGCUUAUGUUUUCACAUUUUGGACAUGCUAUGUUCUGUUGCGGGAGUAUGAAAUAGUCGCAACAAUGAGAUUGCGUUUUCUUGCAUCAGAGAAACGCCGCCCAGACCAGUUCACAGUCCUGGUGCGGAAUAUACCACCUGAUCCAGAUGAAUCAAUUGGUGAGCUUGCAGAGCAUUUCUUCCUUGUGAAUCAUCCUGACCACUAUCUCACACAUCAGGUUGUUUAUAAUGCAAAUAAGCUCGCCAAACUGGUCAAAGAGAAGAAGAAGAUGCAGAAUUGGCUCGACUACUAUCAGCUGAAGUAUGAAAGAAAUACAAGUAAAAGGCCUACUGUUAAGACUGGUUUUCUUGGAUGUUUUGGUUCCAAAAUGGAUGCUGUUGAACACUGUGCAUCGGAAAUUGAGAGGAUAGAAAAGGAAGAAGCUGAAGAACGUGAAAAGAUCAUGAAGGAUCCCAAGUUAGUUGUUCCAGCGGCAUUUGUCUCCUUCAGAACACGGUGGGGUGCAGCAGUAUGCGCUCAGACACAACAAACCAGUAAUCCGACGGUUUGGUUGACUGAGUGGGCUCCAGAACCUCGUGAUGUGUACUGGGAUAAUUUGUCUAUUCCAAUUGUUCACCUUACAGUUAGAAGGUUAAUAAUUGCGGUAGCAUUCUUCUUUCUGAACUUCUUUUAUGUGAUCCCAAUCGCAUUUGUUCAGUCCCUUGCAAAUAUUGAAGGGAUUGAGAAGGCAGUUCCAUUUCUGAAGCCUAUAAUUGAAAUGCCUACUAUCAAAUCGUUCAUCCAAGGGUUCCUUCCUGGAAUUGCUCUGAAGAUCUUCCUCAUACUACUCCCAAGCAUAUUAAUGUUUAUGUCAAAGGUUGAAGGAUUGACAUCAGUGUCUUCACUGGAAAGAAGAUCUGCAUCGAAGUACUAUAUCUUCUUAUUCUUUAAUGUAUUCCUGGCAAGCAUCAUUGCUGGAUCUGCUUUGGAGCAGCUACAAACCUAUCUUCACCAGUCAGCAAAUCAAAUACCAAGGACAAUUGGUGUAGCAAUUCCAAUGAAGGCAACCUUUUUCAUAACGUAUGUAAUGGUUGAUGGAUGGGCUGGGGUAGCUGGUGAAAUAUUGAGAUUGAAGCCAUUGGUUAUUUUCCACUUGAAAAACUUUUUCUUGGUCAAGACUGAGAAAGACAGAGACGAGGCGAUGGACCCCGGAAGUAUUGGUUUUGAUUCAAAUGAACCCCAAAUACAGCUCUAUUUCUUACUUGGUCUCGUCUAUGCAGUGGUCACGCCGUUUUUGCUUCCAUUCAUAUUGGUAUUCUAUGUGCUCGCAUACGUGGUCUACCGCCAUCAGAUAAUAAAUGUGUACAAUCAAGAAUAUGAGAGUGCGGCUGCAUUUUGGCCAAGUGUCCAUGGGCGUAUAAUCACAGCAUUGAUCGUAUCACAGCUGCUUUUCCUUGGAUUAUUAAGCACAAAAGGCGCAGGCCAGUCAACACCAGUGCUCCUUGUUCUUCCUGUGGUGACCUUUUAUUUCCACAAAUACUGCAAGAACCGCUAUGAACCUGCUUUUGUGGAAUAUCCAUUACAGGAGGCAAUGAGGAAAGACACCCUAGAACGUGCGCGAGAGCCAGGGUUUGACCUGAAAACGUACCUGGCAAGUGCGUACAUCCACCCGGUUUUCAAAGGCGACGAUGACGAUGAGAAAUUCUCCAUGAUGGAUGAAGCGGAGGCAGACCAGGUCCUUGUGGCAACGAAGCGGCAAUCGAGACGGAACACCCCUGUCCCGAGCAGACACAACGGUUCAGAAGCACCUUCUCUGCCUGAAAUUGUAAAUGAUCAGCGACUAUGA